AUGCUGAUUGAGAGCAAAAGAGGCAAGAAGCGGAAGGUGUCGACCUCUCCCUCUGCGGCUCCACGCGACCUGUCGAGCAUUGCCCAAGCCUCCUCUACAGAGACGAACCCAGGGCAUGGCAACAUCUACGAUCCCCUCAAGGGCGUGAGGAACCCGCCCAAGAAUCUGCAGGAGAGCCGGCCUCGAACGGCGUCCACCUCCACGUGUGUCCCUGACAAACCUGAUCUGGCACAAGACUCGCAGGAGACUCUCUAUGCCCAGGUCCUUGACAAGGCCACCGAUACGGGCAUGCUGCCUGAGGUCAAAGAAGGCGUCGUCCAUGUCAUGUACAUGGGAGAAACCUUCAACUUGACGCACCUGUUGCGCCAGACUAAUCCUGACUCUGCCCGAUCUACGCGGAAGAGACAUUACGUGGUUCGAUUCAACCCCAAGAAUCGGACCGACAGUGCGGUGGAGGAAGAGGACCAUGUGCUCACGUCGUUCCUUCAGCAUCAAGGCUGCUUCACGCUCCCCUCCGUCCACACUUGCUAUCAGCUGUUUCAGACCUAUUUCGAAUAUGUCCAUCCCCACUAUCCCAUUAUUGAUCGCGAAGACUUUGCUGCCCAGUACACUGAUCUCAAGAACCCAGCCUCGUAUCUCCUGCUGCAGAGUGUCUUGUUCAUGGCUUCGGGACAUUGCGACCUGUCCGUCCUCCUGGACGCGGGGUUUGAAUCGAGAUAUCACGCUCGGAAGACGUUCUUCCAGCGAGCAAAGGCUCUUUACGACAACGACCAUGAGCCGAACAAGGUUACCGUCGUCCAGGCCGUGUUCCUGAUGAGCUUUUGGUGGAAUGGACCGACGGACCAAAAAGACACAUGGCACUGGCUGGGCAUUGCGAUUAGCCUUGCGCUGACGCUAGGAAUGCACCGAUCAACCCAACACUCGGACAUGAAACCAAAAGAUCGGUGCCUGUGGAAGAAGAUCUGGUGGUCGCUCUUCGCCGAAGACAAGCACGCCGCAACGGCGCUAGGCCGACCAGCCCAUAUCCGACAAAAAGACUGCGAUGUUGAGCCCCUCGACAUCACCGACUUCGACGAACCUCCCGUCUCAAGAUCGGACAUCUUCGGCACUCCUGAACGGGUCGACGGGCUCUAUGUCAUUGCGCUGGUCGAGCUUUCCAUGAUUGCCGAGAGCAUCGUCGAGAGGUCCUUUACCGCCUUCAAUGCCACAACUUCGGACAACGCUGAUAUGUUUCAGUCCUGCUCUCAAGCGCUGGAACAGUGGAAGUCGGGGCUUCCGCUCGAAUUGCGGAUUGAAUACACCAGUACGUGUCUCUGGACGAGCAUGCUGCACAUUGCACAUAGUUGGUUUGAGAUUGUCACCCACCGGUCCAUCUCACCGCAGAAUCUGUCGCCGCCCUCGAUGAAGACGGCUCACUUUCUGGCCAUGGACGCGGCGAAUCGCAUGGUCCGCAUUGUCGAGGAACUCCUCUCACAGUCCCACAUUCUGCACUGCCCAAUCCACAUAGUCCCAGCACUGUUCGCCGCCAUGGGGAUGCAGGCCGUCGACAUCUGCUCCGGCCAGUCGAUCCUGGAACAGCUCGGGGUCGUCAAGGUCAGACUGGCGAUGAUCGCGCUGCGAGAGCUGCAGAGCACCUGGCCCGUGAGCGGCUGGAUUUUCCGCCUCUUCGCAAAGAUUGUGCGCAGGAUCCGCAACGGCGACGAGCUGCUCCCCAACGAGCCUGUCAAUGCUUCACCGGUUCAGAUGAAGAGCCACGAACCCACCAACGAAGGUAUAAGUCCAGCGGCACAGAGUCAGAUGAUCGACGCGGAGCAGCAGCAGCAGCCACAGCCAGCAUUGCUCAACGGCAAGGCUCAAUAUGGACAAGACCCAAGCCUCACGCAGAUGUACGCGAUGUCGACCAAUCCAGCGGGUCGCUACCUCUUUCCUGAAGCGUCGAACCUGGCUAUGCCAAUGAGCUAUCCAGCAGAUUGGGGGACCAUACUCGACGACGGAGCAUGGGCCGACUUGGAGUACGAAUUUUGAAAGAGUCGAGAUUGUCAAAGAAGACGCCAAUAGCGUGUGUUGUAUACCCUCUGGAACAACGAGUUAUAAGAUACAUAUCGCAUUGGGGGGACUGGCCACUCCGCCC